AGCUUUUACUCCGGAUCGUGGUCCCUCUCUCUCUCUCUCUCUGCCUCUCUCGCACACCGGGCGAUUGUUUUUGUAAAUUAGUGCUUCAACAGUGCAACCGCUUCGUGGUAGUAGCCAUUCCCCGGUGGGUGUGCGUGCUGCGGUGGUGUACUAAUCGUUGGCCACUGAAACGAGGUGGGAGUGAUUAUUUUAUAUUCACACAAAAGACCAAAAGAAGUCCAUCACUCACCUCGCUGAACAGCUGAAACAAUAGUAGGAGGCCAUUUUGAAACCCCCGUUAAAAGGCCCCCCUUUCACGAGAUUCGGUGGUCGGUUGGCGACGGAAUCCGCGUGUGUCAAAAACCCGGUGCGGUGCGUUGCGGUGAUCGUCUGCGCAAGUGAGCGUCUGCCUGUGUGUGUGCGUGUGUGCGCGUAUCCUUCGCGAAAAUGAACACAACCGCCGUGGCGCUGCUGCUGUUCGUGGCGCUGGUGGUCUGCAUCGGGGAUAGUGCAGAAAUUCCGCCACUUCCGGUGCAGGACGACCUAAAGGGUGCACCGGCGCCGUCCUCGGACGAAGAGUCGUACCUGGGCGUGAGGCUGUACAAAAUGGAGCGACCCUGCGCCAUGAUCGGCGGGGUCUGUGUGCAGACGAGCGACUGCAAGGACCGGCCGGGCAACAGUGGACUGUGUCCGGAAAACGCGCAUCUCGGCGUUGACUGCUGCUACGAAAUAAAACCGGCCAAUAACCUGUCGUGCCACGAGUACCGUGGCGCCUGUAUGGAUCGGUGCAACGACCGGUUACAGCGCCCGGCCAGCGACUGCAACGAUGGGCAGAAGUGCUGCGUUUUAGUUGCCUAAACUCUAAUGAUCGUCGACCGCAGCAACAGCUUAAUGGGGACCAGUGGCUACCGCCAGGCUGUGUGUGUGUUGGUGUGUGUAUGUGGCCCAUUGUGCCCAACAUCAGUGUGUGUGUCGGAUCAAUAAAUGUAGGAUAAGAGCUUUAAAGCAGCCCGUUCAGGGGCCGGCGUCGACGUACACUUUCUCUUAACAUCCGAAUGUUUUCCAAUGACUGCAUUAUUGCACAGGGUGCGCCGUAGUGACAGGACCGGAUAGGAUUAAUAAAUUGUCAAAUAACUCGGCCAUUUUUCAGUUGAUUUUGAAAAGUGUAUAAGAUAUAUUUAGAGUAUAGAAUGUCGUUUAUUGACAAUUCACUCAGAAUACAGUUUCGAUCAAAUGACCGCCUCC